CAAGACAAAUCUAGUCUUUAUUCCAAUAAAACUCGACGCCGAAAAAAUGUACGAAUACACACACACCUUUGCAAUUGCAAUUGAACUGAAAACAGAUCUAGACUUGAAAAGGACAGCACAGUAAUUUUAUCUAAUAUUCCCUUUAUUCUUUAUAUACCCAAAUGAUAAUUCCCCUUUUUUGAUGUCAUUCUUCUGUUUACUUUGAGUUUUUAUCAUUUUCACUCCGGCCAUGGAUGAUGACUCUAGCUCGUCAAGUCAGUCUUGUGAAAGAAAUGAAACAGUGAGAUCAAGGUGGAAUCCGAAGCCGGAACAAAUCGUAAUACUUGAAUCCAUUUUUAAUAGUGGGAUGGUAAAUCCUCGAAAAGACGAGACAGUUAGAAUCAGGAAAAUGUUGGAGCAAUUUGGGGCGGUUGGAGAUGCAAAUGUGUUUUACUGGUUUCAGAAUCGGCGGUCAAGGUCUCGCCGUCGUCAAAGACAAAUUCAGGCGAGUCUUAGUGCUGUUAGUAACAGUAAUGAAGAACAAUCUGCAAGGUCUAGUGAUGGCGGUGCAAUUCAGUUUCAGACUAAUUUUGUCCCCUCCUCUGUUUCUUCUUCUUCUUCUUCUUCGCUUGGAGGUGGUGUGGGAAAUGCAAAUGAUGGCCUCUUCCUCUUUUCGGGUCCAAUGGGAAUUGAUCAAAACUCUUCAAUCACCUCAAUUUUGUGCUCAGCGACAGACAAUUCUAACUUGAAUUGCUCUUCCUCAGGGUUUAUCACAGUUUUUAUAAAUGGAGUAGCAGCACAGGUGCCCAGAGGGCCACUUGACAUGAAGGCUAUGUUUGGCCCCGAAGACUUAGUCUUGUAUCAUUCCUCUGGGGUGCCACUCCCAGUUAAUGAAUAUGGUUUUGUUGUUCAGAGUUUGCAGCAUGGUGAAAGCUACUUCCUGGUAAGCUCUCAUCAACUUCCACAGGUAGCGGGUGGAAGGGUGUCGAAUAAAAACAUGAAUUAGUAUACCUUCCAAGCUGGCCUAGACACCUUGCUUAUAUAAAAAAAAAUGUAUAUGUUGAUGUUUGUUGUCGAUUGAUUUCUCAUAUUCUCUUUUAAGGCUUGUCCAUGCAUUUUACUAUACACACGUAACGUUAUAUAUACUGUAAUGAUUCUUGUUAAGUCACAAUCUAUUACAACUCUUAUUGGACAAUGUAGUUGAGACAUGAAGCAUAACAUGUUACCCCUAAUGGGCAUUUCAAGAAGCAAACUGAUAUCCGUGUGAAGACCUGGUUCAAUCAAACAGCACGCAAGCAGAGAGGAAUUGCAAGGCAAGAGAUGGCUGUGAAGAUCCCCCAACAACUGUUGGAGCUCUCCACCCUGUUAUCCAUGGUCAGACACUCAAAUACAACAUGGAAGUUAAGGUCUGGUAUAGGAUUUUUCUUGAGGAACUUCAGGCUGCAGGCAUAUCCCUAAGAAACUGGCAUCAACAAUUGGUAUCGUUGUUGAUCAUUGUUGCAGGAAUCGUUCACUUGAGGAGCUUCAAGCUGAUGUCUUGAGGACCUACAGGGCCAAGUUUAUUAGUUGUCUUAAUCAAGGUUGGUGUGUCUGCCCCCGAGGAAUUGGCUACAGCAACACAAGUUGAUGCCUACAUGCCUGUUGCGCGUGACAAGCCAUCUGUAGAUCUUGUCAAGGUUAUUGAAGAGAUGAAGUCAUUCAAUGCCUCUACGUGUGGAGCAGAUGAAUGCGCGUCACAUUGGUGCUAAGAGCGAUACCCUCAAAUUGCAAUUCCUUUUUGUUGUUCUAAUAAUAACAUGCUCUAGUCUAAGAACAAAGCACAGAAGCGCUCACAGCUGAUUUGGAUGUUUUCAAUCAGAAAGAUAUUGACAGAAGAGCUUGUAUACAAGUAGAGGCCGUGUCAAAUAUUAAGAGAAUUGAAAAGAACAUAUAUGCUAAUGAGAUUUAGCAUAUUUAUUCAAAAUCUCUCUUAUUAAUAUUGUUGUUAUCAUUAAAUUUUAUUAUUUCGUAGAGGUUUAUUUCUAUUUAGAGAAAACAAUAUCGAUGAUAAAGUUGAACAUAAUAUAAUAAUUUUAGAACCGUGUAAGAAAACAUUUAUUGCAUUUUAGAGAUCCUGAUAAUUUUUUGUGCAGAGAAUUUGGAUGUAAUAAAAAAAAAGAGAAAAUGCAAAAAU